UCAUCCCUCUAAAUUUCUCCACAAUGACACCCUACUUUUUGAGUCUCAUUAUGCUGGCUGCCUUCUCCAAAGGAGUCCUCUCCCAGGUAGUCCUGACCCAGUCAGAUCCAGUGCUGAAGAAACCCGGAGAAGCCCAUAAACUGACUUGCGCUGUCACUGGAUUCGAUGUUAACAGCUACACUAUGUAUUGGAUCAGACAGAAACCUGGCCAAGGGCUGGAAUGGAUUGUUUACUAUUAUUCAUCUAGUAGCAAUGCUUAUUCGCCAACAAUCCAAGGACGAUUUACUGCCUCCAAGGACAGUUCCAACUUCUAUCUGCAAAUGAACAACCUAAAAGCUGAGGACACGGCUGUCUAUUACUGUGCAAGAGACACAGGCCAGAUGACACCUGAAAAUGUCUUCCCUUCCCUCUUCAGGGAUUCAGUUCAGAAAGAUUCCUGGGAUUUCUUCCAUGAAAGGCCAAAUUCUCCAUUAGGUGUUUUGAAUUGGGUCUUCUCAGAGAUUCAGCUUGUAGGACCUGGUCCAGGAUUGGUGAGACCUGGAAGUCAACUCAACCUAGUUUGUAAAGUCACAGGUUUCUCCAUUGCUACUUCUUCAUCUUAUGCUUGGCAUUGGGUCAGGCAACCAUCUGGGAAAGGUCUCGAAUGGCUUGCAUCCAUAAAUGUCAAUAAUGGAGGCAAGUGGUAUGGAAACUCUGUAAAAGGUUGUGCCACCAUUUCUGCAGAUCAGUCCAGGAACGAGUUCUCCCUCCAACUGAAUUCAGUCUUAGCUGCAGACUCAUCUGUGUAUUUCUGUGCCCGAGAAUACACAUUGAAACAACCUCUAUUUGGACUCUGCUACCUCAAGGUGCAAAAGUCAUCCCUCUAA